UGUUUGCUUCCCUUUUUUUUUUUAGUCGGCCGACAGCUGUCUGGGAUUUCAUUAAAGGUAAAACCAGACUCCAAACCCGAUGUCAGUCCACGGUGGGAAACGUCGAUUUAUCAUAAUGGAAAUCCCUCUUUUGAGUGCCUGACGGAGACAUUUAAAUCGGAAUGCAGUCGGCUACGGCGGACCAAGGCUAUGGUGACUCGGGGGGUUCAUCCACUGGCUCAGAGGUGCAGGUGUGCUUCCCCAGUGUGCAGGCCUCAGUGCUGGACAGCCUGAAUCGGCAGCGUGAAGAAGGCCAUCUCUGCGACCUCUCCAUCCACGUUCAGGGCCAGGUGUUCAAGGCCCAUCGGUGUGUGCUGGCUGCAUCGUCACCUUACUUCCAUGACCAGGUGCUGUUGAAGAACAUGUCCACUGUCUCCAUCCCGGCCGUCAUGGACCCCCUGGCCUUUGAGAGCGUCCUCAGUUGCGCGUACACCGGCCAGCUGCGAAUGCUUCGUGAAGACAUCAUUAACUACCUCACCGUUGGCAGUGUGCUUCAAAUGUGGCACAUUGUGGACAAAUGCACUGAGCUCCUCAAAGAGGGCAGGGGAGGUUCCAGUGGAACUCAGGGAUCCAGAGAUAAGGAGAGCGGCAGCGCCAACAAGGUCUCCCAAGAGGACGGAGGAGACACACCUUCGACUCCUCAACCUCCCAGCCGACCUUCCUUCAACGAGAGCCAGUCCCCAAGCAGCACCAAUUACUUCAGUCCUAGAGACGCAAACUUUGGCGGGGCGAUGGUGACCACUGGAGCAGUAGGAGAGGGUGCUAUACACUCCACACCGACCUACUGCAUGCCCUCCGGCGGAGAGGAAGGGUUCAUGAUUGAAGAAGAUGAAGAAGAUGACGAUGAGCUCUUGUUUCACAGGAAGAGAGACCAAAGAGGCAAGCAGAAGUGUGCAGCCUCUGCAUCCGAUCAGGAGGUCGGGGUGAGCGAUAGUUUUGGAGUUUCGUCAUAUCAAGAUGGAGAUUCCUCACCACUGCAGAAGCGGCCAUCGUACAGUCAGCCGAGCAUCAUGCCAAGAAAACAGUGGGUGGUGGUAAAGACGGAGCACUCGAGAGACAAUGAUCUGAUCGUGGUGUCCGGAGGAGAGGAAGGAGGGGAGGAUGAAGAGGAACGAGAGAUGGAGAUGGUCAGGGUGAGGGACAGGACAUUUAACAUAUCAAAUGUUAGGACCCUCUCUGGACUCAGAGAAGAUGCUGAAAUGGAGGCACAGGCUGACUAUUGCCAGUCCUCGGAAGACUACCUCAAGUUUGAGAGAGGUUUGAUCGACCAGACGUCCUCUCAACACCCUCCUGAGAAUCCCAGUCAAUGCUCCAGUAGGACCGUGUCCACCCGGCUCGGCUCGGUUCAGUCGACAGCCCCCAGAGCUCAGCUCUUCCCUCUGGACAUGCAGGGAAACCAGAUCGUCCUGUAUAAUCAAGCCGCCCUAGAGUCGACUUCUCCAUUAGGACUCGCAGGAGGCAUGUCCGGGGUGUCUCUAAAAGGGAGCCUUGAACACGGGGAAGUACACUUACCUGGCCAUAGUGCAAUGGGUAGCGGGAUGGAAGGAUUAGAUGGUGGCACAGCUGGAAACUCAGGCAAGGUCUUCAUGUGUCAUUGUGGGAAGACGUUCACGCACAAGAGCAUGCGGGACCGGCACAUCAACAUGCACCUGGACCUGCGGCCCUUCCACUGCCCCGUCUGCGCCAAGAAGUUCAAAAUGAAACAUCACCUCACUGAGCACAUGAAGACCCACACUGGUCUGAAACCCUAUGACUGCCACGGCUGCGGGAAGAAGUUCAUGUGGCGCGACAGCUUCAUGAGGCAUCGCUCGCAUUGCGAGAGGCGUGGCAGGGCCAAUGGAAGACCGGGAUCCGAAGGGUCGGUCAUCUCUCCUCCACAUCACAUGAAUCUCUCGUCAGCCAACGAGACCAAUCAAGGUAGCAGUGGUGCCAGAAGUGGGAUCCCCGUUUUGUCUCCACAACAUUCCAUGAGCAGCAAUGGUGUCUCUUGUCUCAAUAUGGCCGCCUCUGGGUCGCAUGGCCUUGGUUCUGGUGUUCUGGGCAUUGGCGGCAAUCAUAGCGGUUAUGUGGAAGAAGUCUGUGAGGGAAAUGUUGAUGAAAGCAGCGUCACAUAAGAAGUUUGCCUCUGAGACCACCAUCCCGCAAAACCAGAACACUUGUCUUUGGUUUUAAGGGACUAUGUGCUCAGUUGUCUGAUUCUUUACCUCAUAUUGAUGAGUACGCCACACAAGAUGUCCCAUUUGUGUUGGAUAAUAAAAUAAUACCAAUGACCAAAUGCCCAUUGCUAGCUCACGUCAAUGCUGACUGUCGAAACCAAAUCCCGGCCAGGAAUAUGUAUUAGUCGCCAUCACAUUCACGCUGCCUCACUAGCACAGAAGAUUGCUCUGAAGUGCCAUUCUGAUAUUAUGUUGUACGAUAUUAUGUUCUAGAGUUGUACAUUACUGCAACUCAUUUGGUCUAUUCUUGAUGUGAAGUUUUAUUGUACUGUCACCCAACUAUAUACAGUAUAUUCACACUCAAAGGUUUUAAUUUCCUGAAUAGGAGACAAGAAUAUAACUGCACUUUGGUGUCUUGAGGCCCAUUCACACCAAUAACAAUAACUAAUAUCUACCAUAACUAAUUCGUAAAAAUGUUGAUAAUCAUAAAGGCUUGUUUCCAAAAGAGGACGAUAAAUAUAAAUGUCCGUUCACACAAUGGACAAUAACUAUGAAGACUUAUUCACAAAAAAAAAAAGAAUGAUAACUAUAACCAUAACUAUUAAGACUUGUUCACAAAAAAAGGAUAACUAUAAAGACUUAAAGGGACACUGAGUAGGAAUUACUCCCAUCUAGUGGUGAAAUUGUAUUUUGCAUUCAAACUAAUUUUGCUCUCCAGCGCCUCGCUUUUUCAAAUGCGCGUUGCAUCUACGGUAGGCGAUAUGUACCAAAAAGCUUUGACAGGAUGUCUUCUAAUAGCACUUCGUCGAGUUUUCCUUCAGGUGAACAGGUGUGUUAUUUCAAACAAACUGCAACAUGACAACUAACAAACGAAUGUUACAGUAUGAAUUACUGACUGUGGAAAACAUGAAAUAUUGUAAUUAGUAGUUAUGUCUAAUUUAUUCGUUAUAUUUUCUGAAUUAUAUGCAUUGUUAGAUAUAAAAAAAAUAUUAUAAUAUAGACUGUAACACUGACUUACCUGUCGAGAAGAAAACUGGCCACUUCAGCGUCUCUUUUGAAAUCUUUAUCAAGCAUUAGCUCUUUCCACCUAGAAAAAGCUUCCCCGACAUUAACUCUUGUUUUCUGUAAUCUACGGUCACGUUUCCUUUUACGUUCUAUUUUUGACUGUUUUGGCGAUGAUGUUUUCUUCUCCUGUGGCGCAGCAUAUGUAUGGUCCAUAAUAAGAAUGCAAUCCAGACUUUUAAACUUGCCGGUGCAGUUUCAAGCGCCUCUCACUGCUCUGCACCUGCGUUUCUGGCUCUGACCGAAAACGCGAUGUGGAAACGCGUUGGCUUAGUACUUUUUGUCCCUCUGCUAUUACAGUUUUGCAAGAUGGCGGAACUACAUGGAAGCCUCCUUCGACCUACCCGUCCCAUGUAUAUAAAGAUAAUAAAUUCUUCAUUUACGAGGAUUAGUUUAAACAUUGGCAUAGCUAUUUGUACACCAUUGAGGGCAUAUUUAUGAAUAAAAAUAUUGAUUUUAGAUAAUAAAAUACCUAAAAAGUUACUUAUUGUCCCUUUAAUAAUGAAAAUGAUAAAGGCCUGUUCACACAAAGGACAAUAACUGUAAAACAAAUAACUAAAGUUUCAGCUGAUGAACAAUAAAACUAAAAGAAUUGUCUUAUAAUAUGCAUUUAUUUUAACCUUACUUGCUUAACUACUCCCAAACGAUUUGUUUAAUGAUGAAUUUUUCCAAACCCCUCCUUUGCGUGAUGCUAAUCUGCGGUGAUUGGUCUGAUUUUCCUUACAUCAUGCCUGUAAUGCCUGAUAAAGCAGUGUUUGUGAGCACAGUGCUGCUUUGUGUACAGUGUUACCGGGGAAACCGAUAUUUUUAUUGUUCCAAAAGAAGCACCUAGUGGCAAAGAAUGGAUUUGCAUUUUCAUUCAGACCAAUGCGAAAAGACCAACAAGUGGGUGGGAAAUAUGCUAAUAUUUCAUGUUGAUGUCAACAUGAAACGGCUUGGGAUUCUUUUUAGAAAUUACUCGUUUCAAUGUUUCAGAGUCGACUCCUUAUACACAGUACACUGUCAGAUAUAAAACUUUGCAGGAUGUUUUCAUUCAUUUAGAGCUGCAUUACACGCUGCAUGAAAGGUCAUUUUCAAAAAUCCUUAAUGGAACACUUUAAUAAUCAUUCUAUGAGAAUAGAUAAGUCCACAACAUAACUUUAAUCAUAACAGCACAGAGGAACAUUUUCCUUCUAGCUGAUCAAGAAAGAAACGAUGACAGACUAUAAGAAAGAGCUUGAGCAUUUAAAGUGGCAGAUGUAAUAUAUAUAUAAUUCUUGGUGUGAACAGGCCUUGACUGCUUGAAAUGCAGGGACAUGUAGGGGUUUGCAGGUAGUUGGAUCACUAAAUGAAUCAACUUCAGUGCAUUUUGGCUUUACAGUAUGUCCUUUUACCCAGAAAACCACCAUAAACAUUGAGGGUGACGCAUCCUCCUCAAUAUUGGUCAACAGUCAAGCACCUAGCAUUCAACUACUGAACUCCUGCAGUGUUUUAGAUGUAGCUUAUAGUGUACCAGAAGUGAUAGUUUACAUGUUUGCCUUCCAUGAAGGCCGAGGCCUGGUUGGCGAAUAGAUGGACCAAAUUAGCAUGAACGUCUGUAAUGCCAAGAACGUUUAAGACAUGAAGAUGAAUCAGUGGAUCCUGACUGGGAUCGAUCAAGACUUGUGUUUUAAUCACCUGCGUGGAUGUUUGGAUAUGUAAAUACAGUGAUCAGUAGUUGCCUUGUACCACACAUGCACCACAAAAACCAUAUACCUCAAACAUUUGCGCAACUAAUCAAUACAUUACAAUAAAUAAACUGGGCUCUGAAGAGCUGAAAGCAAUCACAUAUCCACACAUUCUUAUUCCUUUUAAAUCAAAACGGUGUGGUGUGUAUUUAAGAUUAAUGAGCACAGAUGAAGUGUGAACAAUUAUUUGGAAUAUAAAAAAUAACCAGUAGGUAAACGCAUGAUUCAGUGCUCGCUUCAUGAGUAAUCUGGUUCGAGAUCUGUAUUUUGUACUGAUAAAUAAAAUGUCUACAACUGUUGUGGUGAAUCUGAACUGAAUAUGCGAUGGGCGAUAUGAGACCAAGCAUCAUCCUGAUGUGGACAAUAGUUUCACAGGAUUCAAGAUUUUCAAAUGAAAGAAAUAAAGUACCGGCAGCAGCUAUUGGCACUAAGUGUAAAUAGCAUAUUUUCUUAACGAUAGAUGCUAUUUACACUAAGUGCAAAUACUAGCAUUUUUUAGGAAUAUGCUAUUUACACUAAGUGCUUAAGAUUCUUUUUACACUGUUAAAAUUUUACUACUUACUGCAAAUUGUGGCAAUUAUCUGCAACUCAGUAUUGUGGUACAUCGUAAAUACCGUAUACAAUUAACUAAUUGAGUGUAAAUUUUAAUUGGAUGCCACCUUAUUGGGACAAUAAAGCCCUCCCUACACUUAUCCCAACCCUACCCGAUUCUUCAUUUUCAUUGAAAAUAAAUGGAUUUGAACCCAGUUUGAUCGUGUCAAAAUAAAUGUUUUACGAUCUUC